AUUGCGAAAUUAUUUCACUUCUCAACUUCGAGAAAACUGAAUUUGUCGCUUCGUUUUGGAUUUUUGGCCAGUGAAAAAAAAGAAAAAAAAAAAAGAAUAAAGUUGUGAAAAGAAAGCACUUAAUUGAGCAGCUCAUCCGCGCACCCGUCGUACCCCCCCUUACCGCACCGCAUCUAUCGUUGCUUUUGAGAGCAAAAAGACAGAGACAAAAAGAACGAGAGAGAAAGAGAGAGCUAAGAAAAGAUGUUCACCAUGGAGAAUGCUGACGAAGUUUUACAGAUUUUGGAGCGUUACACACGUCUCAAGCAAAAGGAGAUACCCAAGGAGCUGGAGGAUUAUCUUCAGUAUGUGGCCAAAACCGGUGAUACUAUCUACAAGUGGUCCACCCUGAAGCAUUUGUUUCGUGAAAAGUUAAUAAAUGUGAUAAAGAAUUUCAACGAGGAUUCACCACUGUUGGAGGAAAUUCCCAACUAUCCGAACGUGGACCCAUUUAACUAUGAGACCAUGAAGUCAUCACUUCUUGAACGCUUGGAUCUGUUCAAUGCAGCUCCAUUUACAGUGCAGCGUUUGUGUGAGCUCCUUAUUGAUCCCCGGAAGCAAUAUUCACGCAUUGAUAAGUUUAUGCGCGCUCUGGAGAAGAACAUAUUGGUUGUCAGCACUGUUGAUCCAGGUCGCAAGCGCACAGAGAGCGAAAACGGUGACUCCUUAGACUCAGUUGUCAAUGGGGAUCUCUCGUUGGAGGUUAAUAUUGAUAUUGAAAUGGAGAAUGAGAAUCUCUUCAAUAAUGGCAAUGCUGGCGAAGAGAACUCGAGUGGUGCUGGAGCUGGUAGAACUGCCGUCAUGUCACCUUGCCGACGUACUCUUCCAGAUGAGGGUGAACUGCCUAAGGCUAAGAAGGCCAAGCUUGAUGUGAACGAUGAUGAGGAGCGUGGAUCAGAUGCCACAGCGGCGGCUUCUGCAGGUGAUGCUUCUGCUGCCACUGCAGCUGGCAAUGAUGUCAAGUCUAAGAAUGGCAAUGAUAACAACGACGACGAGGUUGAUGCUCGCCCUCGCCAGGAGCUGCCUGAAAUUGCCGAGCCCGAUGAGGAGGUUGAAGGUGGUGAUGAGUUGAAGCUAGCCGGAAAGCAGCUUAAAGAGCAUGUUGACAAAGAGGAGAUCCCUGCUCCAGAUAGCCCAACAGCUGAAGAAGAUGCUCCAAAAGCUGACGAAGAUGUGAAACAGUCAAACGAUGAAGACGACCAAGAGAAGAAGACCAAAUCUAAUGACACUGAGGCAAAGUCGCCACCAGACCAAGAGAAAAUUAUUGAAAAGCAAGAGAUUGAGGAGGAUGAAAAAUCAGCCAAGCCAGAAGGGGAGCAGGACCAGCAGGAUGAAAGCAAGAAUAAGAAUACAAAAUUGGUGGUGGCCGCCGCCGCCGCCGCCGCUGCUGCCAAAGAAGAUGCUCCAUCUGCAGAGCAGGUUCAAAAGGAAACAACUAAGACUAAGACUGAGGAAGAGAUAAUUAAAACUGCAGAUCAGGAGAAGAAGUCGGCGGUUGACGCCUCCGAGGCCAAGCCAGUUGGUGAGGAAAAGCCUGUGGCCGCUGCCGCUGCCGUUGCCGCAACCCGUGACAAACCCAACGAAGAGGCCACCGCUAAAUCAGCUGCUGCUUCUGAUGCCGCCACUGCAGCUACCAAUAUUGAAUCCAAGAAAAAUAUUACUGAAAAGACUGAGUCUCCACAAAAGAAGGUGGUGGACAAUGAUGAGAAAGUUGGCGAAAAACCAGGAGAAGAGGAGAAAACCAAGGAGGAGGCUGCUACCGAUGCUGCUACCGCUGCUGUGACCGAAGAGUCCGCAAAGAAACAGAAGGAGGACGAUGAGCAAAAGACUGCUAUUAAAGCUGCUAGUGAUGAUGGUGCUAAAAGCACUGAUACCGAAGAUAAGCCAACAGAAGUCUUGGCCGCCACUCCACAAUCACCAACAAAAGAAGUCGGCGGCGGUGAUGCGGCUGCAGCUCCGGCUGCGGCUGAUGCUGCUGCCUCUUCUUCAGUUGCCGAAGCUGCGGUAACUGAGACCACCCCAGCACCAGUGGCAGUUGCACCAGCUCCAGCCCCAGCCCCAGCCCCAGCAUCGGCUCAGCCAGAACCACCGACUUUGGCUCUGAACGAUCAACCCAUGGAGGAUACACCAGCCGAUGAAGAAGUCGCCCAGAAUUCAUCCCCAACCGCUGAUGCUGCUGCUGCUGUCGACGAGGAGGUGGUAAUGGCUGAGACCCCAGCAACUGGAGCUCAAACCACCGCAACCACCACCACCGAAAUGGCCACCGAUGAGGCUGGCGUUACUGGCAAAGAUGAGCCAGCCGCUAUGGAGGUCGACGACACCAGCCAGGAGGUGAUGGAUCAGUAAAAUUCCAUCAGUAAAACUCCUUCGCCGCCUCAUUCCAAGUAUGCGACUCUAUUGAUAAAUAAUCGUAACAUUCAAAAAACAUAUAUAUACAUAUAUAUAUAUAUAAAUAUAUAAAUUAAGACACCAUCUCCUCCCCCAUGCCCCCGUCCCCACCGUCACAUUACAUCCGUCAUCCGUCAUCUGUCAACCGUUUUAAGUGAAUCCCCAACACCACCACCUCCCAACACAAUGACUGAGGAGAGAUCAUCACACUCGAUAACACACAACACGCGGACAUCAAGGCCAAUUUUCCAAUUCACAUUGGUGAGAAUCUCACCCAUCUUCUUCUUCUAUACGCUGUCGUGGUCACAUGUGCUUCUACUCAGCGAUCAACUAAAAAAGAAAACAAAAUCUGUUACUGUUCAGUUUUUAUGUUCCACAUCGUCCACAAUGACACUUCCCAAUCGCCCCUCCAUCGCGCCUCCACCCUCGAUAAUUUGUAAUCAUUGGUCGGUCCAUGUCCCUGUCUUUGUUGUUGCGUAAUUUAAAGACUUAAAUAUUUAUAGAACAAACAAACAACUCCUUUUGCGGGGACUAUAAUACGAGAAGCACAUCUCCUACUUCCUAUAUAUUUAUAUAAUUUUAUAACAUAGAAGCGAAUUGAGCAACAAAUGUUUCAAACAAAAAAUGCGAAAAAAAACAAACAAAAAAG